ACUUAUCUGGAUAGUAGACCCAAUGCGGGUUGCACGUCGUAUCCAUGGAAAGACUGACGAUGCUCUUCCUCGUGCCUCUCCUGGUAAACCUCAUCGUGGUGAGCGGCCAGCAAGCGCCAUGCAACAUCAACGGAGUGGUGUACCAGCCCGGGGAGCGGUACGUGGCACCAGGAGGUAUUCCAUGUAAAAUGGUAAAAUGUGGAGAUCCGGCCGACAUCGAGUAUGGUUGCAGGAGCCAGGUGAACGCCACCACAUGUCUGAAGCCUAACGAUGUGGAGGAGAUGGACUGUGUGACCUACACGUGCACCUAUCACAAGGAUGUAGCGCACGGUGUGCUGACAAAGGAUCCCGAUCAGAAAACACGUUGCAGCAUCGGGGGGAAGUGCUACAGCGCCGGCGAUGGGCCCAAUCUGUGCACCAAGUGCCAGAAGAAUGAAGAUAACACGACGGGCGUAAUGGCAGGCUGUUUGCUCAGUGACGGAACGUGUGCGUCACCGGGGUCAGAGGUCCAGAUCGGAUGUGAGAUCAAGGCCUGUGCAGUUCUGAACAAUGUCGUGUCGAUCCACACAGUCUCAACAACAGGAUGUUCGUAUCAGGGCCAGUGCUAUGUGGAAGGCAGGGUGAAGUACAGUCUUGGAUGCAAUACAUGCAAGCGAGACUCAAAGACGGGGAUGCACUACUGGCACGCAGAGUGUCUGGAUGUCAGGAACUACCAAUGUUUCAAGAAAGGCGCCGUACACGACUUCUUCUGUAACAGCUUCAUCUGCUCCAACAGGGGCGCUGUGGGAUGGUGGUAUCAUAACGCCACCAGCUGCCAAGUGUCGGAGAAAGACUGUGUGGUCUAUAACACGACGUCGGUGAGAGAAGGGUUCUGUUACUACUGUGACCAUCAAACCGGAGGGCCGCCAAGCGUAGCCUGUAACCAGUGUGGCAAGUGCGUGCGGCCCGGAGAGUCAGUCACCUGCGGUGAUGGCAAGAAAUACACCUGUCAGGAAUCGACCACAGGCGCUUCUGAGAAGAAGGUCAUCUGCAAAGUCAAUGGCGUUUCGUUUGAGGAGGACACAAACAAAACUAUCAACUGCAACACCUUCCAGUGCACCAAGUACGGCAUCAGACAACUGACAGCACAAUGUGGUCUUGAGGGCAAAUGUUACAAAGCUGGCGAAAUUGUCGAUCAGAGUCGAUGCCUCACCUGUGUUGCUGAGGGAAAUGAAACUCGUCUUGAAGGAGGCUGCAGACAUCAGGGCAAGUGUUACAACGAGGGGAAGACAGUCCGUCUCAACUGCAAGACCAUGCAGUGCGUCCGACAAGCCAACGUCAUGAGGUUUAUUGAAGCCGAAGACCAACCAACACCUUGUCGUUGCCACAAUGAAUGCUACCCUCUCGGUCCAUUCUCCUACUCCAAUGACAAGAUAUGCGCCUAUUGUUGGCCAAACGGGAAAAUUGAUUAUUCGUGCAAGCUGUCCAAUGGGGACUGUCUGAAGGUAAACGAGGAGGAACAGAGUCCUGUGUUAGGAUGCUACAGGAUGAAGUGUACCUACGAAAACAGCACCAGGACGCUGAAGAUUGACAAGGCUCCAGGUCAACCUUUGCAAUGUCUCCUCCCGGACAGCACAUGCAUAAAGGAAGGCGAGAGGAAAGUGGUCGAUGGUCACAAUUACAGAUGUACUGGAAAAGAUAUGUGCAUUGUUGGGGACAAGGACCUUCCACUGGGUGACUCCAUGCAGUACUACUGCCACGACGUGGUCUGCGAGGAGGAAAUGGUCCAGGGACGCAAGACUCUUAAGACGUUCGUCAAGGAAUAUGGUUGCAAGGUUGGCGACAGCUGCAAGAAGCUGAAUGAGACGUUUGACGUCAACUGUGACCAGUACGAAUGUAAACUGGCACCCGGAGAUACGUACGCCAAGGCUGUGAAGACUGAAGACAUGUGUUCAUUCAAUGGAAAUUGCAUAAAGAAGGGAACGAAGUUCAUGAGCGACAACUGUGUCAACAGAGAAUGCAACUCUGAGGCCAAGCUGGUGGUGAAAGACGUAGGUUGCAAAUCCACAUUGACCGGCGCCUGCUUGAAAGUUGGGGAAUCUGUCACUGUUGGUAACAAGAGGGAGCAGUGUGGGACAAACAGCGACAGCAACAGCAACAGCAACAGCAACAGUAACAGUAACAGUAACAGCAACAGCCAAUCUAGUUCAAGCUCUAGCUAUGUGUGUCGGCUGAGCACGGGCCAAAAGGUUGCUUACAACGAGACGAUCCAUAUUUACUGCAACACCUACAUAUGCCAGACAAGGAACAGAGUCACAAACCUUUACAUCCUCAGCAAACCUCAAUGUCAACUCACGAUGAACGGCAAGAAGGAAUGUUUCGACGCCGGAACAUCCAAACACUGCGUCAAGUGCAUAUUCAACCACGUCUCACAAAGCGUCAGCUUUGAACAAACAUGCAUUGCUGAUAACGGAGACUGCGUGUUGCCAGGGGCAACAGCCCCUUACAACUGUGGAACGGCUGUCUGCAACAAGGAAACCUACAGAAUGGACAUUGUGGAGAAGAAACAAUGUGCUUUCAGACAAGGAAAUGAUGUCAAGUGUGUACCUACAGAUGGGUUUACCCAGAUCGUUAGCGGUGGGAGAACUUACGACAAAUGCAAAUGCAAAACCCCUGAGACAAACUCUGUGAAAUGUUACGCUUGAAGAGGCAAGCUUAACCGUUAACGUAGUGUUAACGAGUCUCCGAUAUUUCGAAACCAACCAGAAGAGUAUAUUUCCAGAAUUCUUUAACAUGUUUCUGCCUCAUUGACAUUUCGCAGUGUUUUUUGCUGACAGUGAUAGAAAAUUCAACAAAAACCACAAAACAUAAAGGUCAAUAUUGCUUUAUAAUUAUCAAUAAUAACUGUUGGGAAGGGUUCAGAAUUGGGUCUUCGUUGUAUAAACACAGAACAAUAAACACGGUAUCGGGA